AUGACCUCAAAAAGUAGGAAAAUAAUUAGUGAAGAGACAUUAGAGGAAGAGGAAUUGUUUAAACAUUGUCGGGAGGUGGAAAUUGUUUGUUAUGCUAUAAGUAAAGUGAUCAUUCAAGCUAGUAAUAAAUGGAGUGGUCCUGGAGCGAAAUCGAACUCCUUAUCGAACAGGAAUUAUAUUAUGGAAUUGGUGAAUAUACAGGUAUUAGAUCAGAUAAUAGAGUAUUUAACGAAACUAGUCAAAUCCUUUUACAAAUUGAAUCCGAAGCUAGCUAGACUAAAAAAGGAAAAUGCGCUAAUGUUGAGCAAACACGACCACGCUUUUGAGAAAUUGUGUAGCAGACGCUUUAUUAUGUGUCAAGCCAUUAAUGAUUUGAUUACGACGAUAUUAUCGACCUGUCUCCGUAGGGAAGACUCGAGGAAGAUGAUUGAGUCUUGCUUAUGUUUGGUAGGAAUAUACAAUAAUCUAACGGGAUUGAGUUACAAAAAGUUUGCUGUAAAUUUCAAUGUAUGCAGCAAUACCUACCCUUGUGUCAUCAGUGAAACUAAAGCUAUCACACUAACAAAAAUAGUUCAGAUUUUGUCUAAGAGUCGCACGGAAGUGAAUUGCCACCGGCUUAUCAACUGCUUGGUACAAAUGUACAGCCCGGAAGAACAUACAGACAACGAAUCGACAUCUAGCAGCGCUGAUAGUCUGGAGAUUUACCACACCCUUACAAAACACAUAACCCCGCCAUCUUCGUCUGUACCAAGGCAGUUGGAUCUAAAGAAACGCCGAGAAGCGUUCAUCGAAAACAAAAAGGCGAAGAUGAAACAAGCACAAAGCCUUAUUGAAUCGAAAAACGGUCACAAGAAGCUAACAGAUAUUUUGAAUCCGCAAAAUUCCGACUCUGAAAUACCGUACACAUCACUCCUGAGCAACGAAUGCGUUUUGGAUAUAUUUCUUAAUGAAGAUAACGUUAACAGUGUACUUCAAAGCGAAGAAAUAUACAUUGAGAUAUUACUAGAUACUGUAGCAAAUAUAUCACCGAUAUUAUUGGGUACUAAGGGUGUUAAAAAGCUUAAAACAGGCAGGUUACAGGCAAGCAAGAAAGCAGCACAAAAAGUGACGGAAUAUUAUCAAAAUAUUCUUUGGGGUGACGUCGGCAGUUGUCUUGAACAUAUUGUUUUAUGGUGGUCUUCAUUUCCGUUAGCCACAAGGUCACCGAGCGUCAGUCAACAUCUUCGAGAAUGGCUUUUUUCAACUUUCAAUGUAAAUAAUACUCCAGAUCUAAUACUAUCAGCAUUAAGGAUUUUAGCAGACGCCUUAGGUUGUCAUGUAACAUCUUCGUCGUGGGAUAAGCAUUUUGGUGCGACACUGACGACAAACUUAAAGCCUACGUCUUUGAAAGCGUAUCCAGAUCUUUCUAUAACUGUGACAGAAGCUACGGAAACUGGAGCAAAUUUCGCGGUCAUGCUUCAAGAGUUAGUAUCUCUGAAUAACCACUGUGAAGUGACCUGGGACUACAUAAUGGGCGCUCCUUUAGAAGACUUGCCGAUUGUCGAACAAAUACCUAUAUUGCAUAGACUCGAUCAUUCAAUCCACACUUAUCGUUUAUGGUGCCUGGCUGAAACUCGUCGGCUCGUGAAUAAUUGGGCGAUGGAUGAUUUCUUUCGCAUCGCUCAAAACGACAUGACCGCUUGCAUGGAGCAAUUAAAUAAUUUGAGAUUCGCCGACCACACUACUACUAUAGAGUCAGGAAAAAUCGGUGUCCAUGAGAACGUGUGUGCAAAAAUGCGAGAAAAACUGGUGUCUGAAGUGAAAGUGAAUAUUCAGAAAUUAAAGGAUGCGACAGAAGAAAUAACAUUUAUGUUAUCCUCUGUAUGUGGCACGACGAGUCUCGCGCACUUAACUAUGAUUUUCCCCUGUAACGCAGACUGGAAAAGAAUAACUGAAGCUCUACCCGAACACUCUGUAUAUGUCCACGAAUUUUUAGAGAAAAUGCUACAUCCUGUAAUAAAAGCGACAACCGACAUCACAACACUGAAUAUGAUUCUAAGGAUAAUGUGCGAGUCCUGGCUGCACCAUAUCUACGUGGCUAAAGUGAAGUUUACGAAAGAAGCCGCGGUCCAACUAUUAGCUGAUUUUAACGAAGUUCGCGUGUGGUUGAACGAAUGUAAAACUCUUUCUGCCACAGCGAGAAAGCAAAUGUUACAAAAUGAAGUUUUAAGACGCUGCGAAGGUGUCGGUCGACUACUGUUGCACGCGCCGGGAGAUUUGAUAUCCAUGCAAGAAUCUACAAUGCCGUCUGCGAAAAUACGCAGAGACGAUAAUGAAGCGCCCGACCAACUGAUGCCAGCGGAGAUGUACGUGCCAAAUCAAAAACAAUGGCUUACACUCCGCGCAAGUAAACUAACAGGACCAGUCGCCUUUACGCUUUGUUGCUUGGUUCUAUAUUGA